GCCAAUGAAAACCGGAGGAGAAACGGAGCUGCCUGCCGUCGCUUCUCUUCGCUGAGGGGGGGAUCUCAAAAGCCCCGAUCUUCGCGGGAGACACUUGCGCGGGUUGCACGAAACAGCUGGUUGGGCUCGCCUGGGCAGUUGCAGUCGAACUAUGGUGAAAAUCGGUUUCCAGCCGGUUACAGCUGAGCUCAAGCCGAAGAAAGAGACAGCAGUUGCAACGCGCCACGGGGCCCCGGCAAAAGGCCUCGUCCUUUCUCAGGAUGCGGAGAAGCAGCCCUUAUCUUUGCCACAGCAGAGUUGGAGACCUCUUACUUGCAUCUUCUUUUUGGCCUUGGGAUUUUUGUUGUUACUGCUUGGCUUGAUUUUAACAUCAACCUACAUCUACAAAUAUUUAUCUCUUACUCAGUCAGUUGCUCAAAUGGGCAUGGAUAUGCAAAGGACGGAAUAUUACAAUUAUGAGGAAGGAGGUUUGGAAUGUGACUACUUUGAAUUCGAUGAUUCAUCUGAAAUCAGGACAGUGUAUGAGGAUGUGAAGAUUUUCCUUGGAGAGGAUUAUGAGGAGAUCAGCAUCCCAAGACCCAAUGUUGGGCAUCCUGCAGAUAUUAUCCAUGAUUUUCAACAGGGAUUCACAGCUUAUUAUGAUUGGGUAGUAAAUAAAUGCUUCAUUGGAGAGCUAAAUACUACUAUUAUCAUGCCACUUAACCAUUUCUGGGAGCUGACACUUAAUAUAAAGAAAGGGGAAUAUUUGCCACAAACCAACAUGAUCCAGGAAGAGAGGAUGGUGACAGAACCUGCCAUUGACCCAGUUCUGUUUGGCUCCUAUAUUCAUAAACUCUGCCAAGGGAAGGAAACCUUCAGAUUGGGCCAUAGGAUAGCAAGAGGACAUAUCCACCAACGAGCUACUGAGAAGUGUCAUCACAUCCGCCAUUUUGCAAAUACUUUUGUGAUUGACACAGCAAUUUGCCAGCCAUUGUGAGAACUGCCACUCAGAUUUUUUUGUAUCCUGGAUUUUGCUUCUUUUU